ACUAUUGGAAAUGGAUGGAUGGAUGAUAUUCAAAAGGGGGUGUUCUUUGGGCUAGUUUUUAGCACUUCACAAUUCUGAUGUGUUGGGGUUUCAAUAAUAUUUGGAUGUUGUCUCUUAUGUGAAAUGAGGAAACCACAGUUGAAGUUUGAACCCUGAACUUUACAACUAUGAGAGUUGGGACUGCUACUCAAGUCGAGUAUUGAUCGAGGUCAGCUAGUGCCAGAUGACGUUAUGUCUCGCCUCAUCCUCACAGACCUUCGUGCUAUAGAACAAAGCAGCUGGCUGCUAGACGGUUUCCCUCGAACCGUCACCCAAGCAGACUCUCUGGAUAAAGUCUACAGUGUAGACACAGUCAUCAACCUCAAUGUACCUUUUGACACCAUUAAAGAGAGACUGUCCUCUCGCUGGACUCACCUACCCAGCGGCAGAGUUUACAACAUUGACUUCAACCCGCCAAAAGUGCCGGGUCGUGAUGAUGUCACAGGGGAGCUUCUGGUCCAGAGGAACGAUGACACACCAGAUACAGUCACGAGGCGAUUGAAAGCCUACGAAAACCAGACGGAACCCGUCUUGGAAUACUACAGGAGUAAAGGUGUGCUUGAGACUUUCACCGGUACAGAAACUAACAAGAUCUGGCCUCACAUUGAGACCUUCCUUCACAAAAAACUCCCUGUGCUCAAUAAGAAAGUUGCAUAGCAGAAGACUAUGAAUUUACCAGCAAAAUUGUAUUUAUUAAUACAGAAGUCAUUCAGGACCGUGUCAAUCACGGAACCUUUUUAGAGUGGUUGAAUUUUGCUCUCGUCAUUCCACAUUGUGCCUUACACCAAUUGAGACACACUAGAAAUGUUUUCUAAAAUUAAUCUUAUUCAGUUAACACUCCUAUGGUUCCAUAGAGCCCAAAUAAAGAUUCAGUUUCUCAUGUAGUAUUCUGACUUAAAAGGGAAUGUUUUAUUUUUUUCCUCAGAUAAUUGUUUUAACAAGCACACUAUUGUCUUAUGCUGUGACCAGUGCGUUGUGUUGUUAAAAGUUGCCUUGCAAUGGAAAUGUGAAUAAAUUAAAAUAUGAAAUCUUGAAA